GUACGCUACCGUAUUUAGCUCCCUCUUCAACAAUCGAUCUCCAUCAAUGGCGUCAAGGAUGAACUCCAGCAUCCCCGACGACAUCGGCCUCUCCAUCGCUUCACUCCUCGAGGUACCUGAGGUCUGUAGUUUGGGGAGCUGCUCCAAGUUCUGGUACGAUCUCUGUUCCUCCGACCCUCUCUGGCUCCAGCUCACCCUCAAGAGGUGGCCCCACCUCAACCUCGAUGUCAACGCCCCUCCUCCCCUCUUUCAGGGAUGGAAGCGUUUUUACAUAUCAAAACACAAAAAAUUAGCUCGGUGCGCUUCCGUGGUAAUUAAGUUUGUCGAAGAUUGCACUCAAAAUGAAUCACUUGAAGUCGGAAAUUAUUUGAAAGCAAUAAAUGAUCUACGCUCAAUAGAGUUGGGAUUUAAGGAUGUUCAGAUGUUUUUACUAGCAAGAAAGCACAAUGUAGUGUUGAAUUUGAUUGGGCUGCACUAUUGCGUAUACUUCCUUGGAAUUUCACCCCAUGAUAUGAUGGAAGCCCUAAGGAAAUGCCAAGUUUUCGAGCGACAAGUUUGCGUGAAUUGGUUUAAGCUAGGGAGGUGGUUCUAUGGCUUUCGACUACCUGACGAGCACAGAAUUCGAAGAGUUGCUCUUGGCGAUCUUGCAGUGAGCAAAGGGGAAGAGGUUUUAUGUGUGCUUAACAGAGGAGCAGUUCAUGAAGUCUUGCGAGUUCAGAUAACUUCAGUUAAACCAGCUCCUUCGCAGUCUAGCCGGAUCCUGGCAUAUGUAGGUUGAGCUAGUUUGGUUCAGGAUUGGAGUCUGUCUUGUUACUGAAAAUGUAAAUAUGGGUUUGCAUGUAUAUUAAGUGUAAUGGUGUAUGUAUGUGUAAUGAUGUGUACCGGCCGUGGGUAGAGCAGGUCGUGGCGGGACGAAGUGUUAAUACUGCCAACACUCCCAAGUCCUUGAUUCGAUCUUGUUUGCCUAACCAUGAGUGUGGGAAUGGAAGGUGAAACUGACACACCUGGGGUUUACUUGGGGUCGGUAUCAAACUCAGGCGACGGCCUGCAGAUCCUCGGGUCUUGUCAACGUUUCUCCCAUAUCCAAGAAGUGUAAUAAUGUGUCUGUAAAUUGAUCUUAAGGAUAGCCGUCAUUAAGGAGUCACAAUUCUUUAAUUUUCAUGUGGCUGUUUAUAUUUGGUUGUUUUGUUAUAUAUGUGAACUGUGUCCUUUUGUUUG